AUGUCAAUUCGAGCAUCUGUCGGUGCCCACCCCUUUCCACUGAGAAAGUUCCGUAUCGUCACUGACUUCGUAACUCACAUUUGGUUACUUUGUCUCUCUCUGUCUCUCUCUCUGUCUCUCUGUCUCUCUGUCUCUCUGUCUCUCUCUCUCAAACCUUUCUCUUUCUCAAACCGACCACUCUCUGUCUCUCUCUCUCUCUCUCUCUCUCUCUCUCUCUCUGUGUCUCUCUCUCUGUCUCUCUCUGUCUCUGUCUCUGUCUCUGUCUCUCUCUCUCUCUCUCUCUCUCUCUCUCUCUCUCUCUCUCUCUCUCUCUCUCUCUCUCUCUCUCUCUCUCUCUCUCUCUCUCUCUCUCUGUCUCUCUCUCUCUCUCUCUCUCUCUCUCUCUCUCUCUCUCUCUCUCUCUCUCUCGCGCUUUCAAUUUUUGUCUUCCCGGGGGCAACGGCCAGCGCGAUGGAUGAGGCGCUGAUGCCCUUCACGUCGUUUGGGCAUAGCCCCGAGCAAGCGCCUAUUGCUCGGGUUGUAUUUGAUCAAGUGUUCAACCUGCUCUGGGUCCUGGACGAGCGUGGCUACAUCAGCAGCUACAAUGAGAGCUUUCAACGCUACUCCGCCUGGACGCUGCAGCCAGCCACAGGUCAUGAUGGAUCCGCCGACAAGCCCACGUUCAUGACCAGUACCGUUCAUGGCCUCAUUGUCAUCCAUGCCAACCAAAUCAUGCUCUUCUCCGUGGGUGGCGUUCAGCACAUGCGUAUCGUGCUUCGCGGGGAUAAGACGGGCAUCACGUGUGCCGAUGCCUCACCCCACAAUCAACGCCAAAUCAUUUGCGGCGGUGCCGGGGCUCUGCACGUUCUGGACCUGACGAAACAACAAUUUGUCAAGUCAUCCCCGCUGCCAGACACUGGAGACAUCCAGACGUUGCGCUGUGGUCGCCAGCUAAUUGUCGCGACAACAGAAACUGAGCUUCUGAUGAUUGAUGGGCGCCAGCAUGUUGUUCGAUUGCGCACAAAAGCACACAGCGGGGGAACUGCCAAUCUUGACCUGCGUGACAACACGGCCGUCACCUGUGGCAAAACGGCCACUGGUCGUUUGGACAACAACAUUCACGUCAUUGACGUCUCAGCCGGCGUGCAGGCGCUGUGCCUCUUAUCCAAUCACAUGGUCUCCGCACCACGGGCAUUUGUAAUCACCCAUACCCAGCAAGCCCUGAUGCGCAACCUAGCCAAUCGCUCGGCCCCGCCGACCUUAAUCCCAUACCCAACGGUGCAAGACGGCGGGCGCGUCACCUUUGUCUGCGGCUCGCCGAGCGACGCAGCUGUGGCCUUUGGCGACAGUCAUGGCAUGGUUUCAAUUUGGACAUUAAACGGAAUGCCUUUGGCCUUCAACUACGGCAUGCCUCUCCCCGUCGUCAACGACAUCCGACUGCACCCCCAUCGUGUCCACUUUGACGACCUUGAAGCGCCUGCCGCAUACAUGCUCGUCAACAGCACCAAAACCUCAGAUUGGCCCACUGACAAGACCAUGCAGUUUCAGCGCCCACCCAUUCGCGUCCCCGAAGCCAUGCUUGGUCGCGCCACUUGGAUGAACUCGGAGCGCGGGCAUGCACCAAAUGUUCUCAAUUGGAAGCCAUUUCAGGUUCAAUACUCGUCGGCAGCACUCUCCGUCAGUAGCCCUAGCAAGUUGAAGGGCAAGCAGUCACGUUUUCACGGCAUUGAUCAAACCCCGUUGGGCCGCAUGGACGAUUUGGAAGGCAUCUCUGCCAUGAUUCCCCGACAUUACCGCCGCGUGCGCAACAAGGAUGACAAGCUGGACUUUGAUUACCAGCACUACAACGAGACCAACUUUGUGGGCCUCGAGCCCACUGCGCCCAACACGUAUUGCAAUGCCAUGUUGCAGACGUUGUUUUAUCUGACGCCCGUUCGAUCUCUUCUGAUGCAACAUUACUGUGAGGAUGAGUUUUGCCUCGCCUGCGAGCUCAUGUUCCUCUUUGAUAUGAUGGCCAAGCGUAACACCAUCACGUGCCAGGCCACAAACUUUGUUCGAGCAUUUCGCACCAUCCAACAAGCCGUCAACUCGGGCCUCAUCAUCACCGAGGAGGAGGCCGACUCGCCCGACACGGAUCUUCAUCUGCUCACUCAGCGAUGGCAAUUUUUCAUUGUUACUCAACUGGCGCGCAUUGUGCCCCGUGACCCUGAGGAAUUGAGUCAUUCGGACAAUGGGGGUCCCUCGGCACCCUCAACCGUGUCCGUGACCGUGCAGCCCUCAAAUGAGGCCCCUCCACGGGAGAGCGGAAAGGACAGCGGAAGGAGUCGCCGUGGCGGUCGGGCUGGUCGCAGCCGCAAAGAUGCACCCACCGACUCUAGCAGUAAUGCAAUGCGUAUGCUGGAAGCUGCAGCCGCAGCCGCAGCCGCCAACGAUGCUUCCGCGUCUAGUCCUAUCCAUUCCCUCUUCAAUACAGCCCCCAUCAAAACCAUGACCUGCAGUGUGUGCCAGAGUUCAACGGUGUCGACUACCACCUCGUUGACCCAAGUCCUUCGCUUUCCUGAGAACGGCACACCCGAGGAGGAUGCGCAGCUUCGAUUUUCAGAUCUCAUCUCCAGCGUGCUGAUGCGGGAACAGACGGACAAAGCCUAUUGCUCCAAAUGCAAGGAAUUCAAGGUCCAUGUGCAGGUGUUGGAAGCCUCGACCCUUCCAGGCGUCAUGGCCUUUUCCUGCCCUCUUACUCGGGAUCGUCAUCGGUGGGAUGCACGCAUGCGCCUGCAUCAAUCUGAGGAGCAUGUUGCCACCUCUAAACGAGCUGCCGCCGUCGUGAUGGCCCCUGCUGAGCUGCGACCUUGCGAUGUGCUGCCAGACCCCAGUGCUAUUCCCGACUACGUGGCAAAGACUUUGUCCUGGAUUCCGAUCGAGCUACGUGCACAACUAAAUCGUGACAACACAAAACAAAAGCUUGUCAUUGAAGAAACCCUGGUCCCCACCACGGCCGCAACGCCUCCGGCUGGCGAGGGCAGCCAAUCUGACAGCAACGCGAUCGUGUACGAGCUCUUUGCGGCCGUUUACCACGUGCGCGAGUCCAAAACCUGUGGUAACAUGGUUUCCAUCUUACACGUCCCAAGUCAUUGCACAGGUGAUGGCUCUCGGCCCUGGGUGCUGUUCAACGAUUUUGCUGUGAACGUCGUUUCGUGCAACGACGCGGUCCUCUACGACACGACAUGGAAGACCCCUUGUCUGUAUUACUACGUGCAGAAGGACAGCUUAGAGGCGCCCAAGGGCGCGCCGCCUUCGCUACAAGAGCAAUUCAUCCGGCGCUUGCUCAAUGAUCCAAGCUUGAGUGUGCAACGACCGCUUGUGCCCGCCUCGACCGUGCUGGAUCGCGCCUCCAUCCCUUCCGCUGGUGAUCGCGUAGCCAUUGAUGCCGAGUUUAUCUCUCUCCGUGCUGCGGAUACAGAGCUACGCAGCUCUGGGCAUCGCAACACGAUCCGACAGGCUUUUGUCACCCCGGCCCGCAUCUCGGUGGUGGCAGCUUCGGGCCAGCUCAAGGGCACUACAAUCGUUGAUGACUACAUCAAGAACACGGAAUACGUUGCCGACUACGUGACGCAGUUUUCCGGCAUUUCACCCGGAGAUUUGACACCUGCCACGUCUACCAAACAUCUAACCACGCUCAAAAGUAGCUAUGUCAAGGCAAGCUGGAUCACCCCCUUGAUGCUCAAGGCCAUGGUUGAACGAGGCGUGAUUUUUGUGGGGCACGGUCUGAAGAAGGAUUUUAAGGUGUUGAACAUGACGGUCCCAAGCAAGCAAAUCCUGGACACUGUGAACCUUUUCUACCUUCCGAAGCAACGUUUCUUGUCGCUCAAGUUUUUGGCGUGGUACUUUCUGGGUGUGGUGAUGCAAGACGACGCACGCGCGGGCCACGACUCGGUGGAAGACGCUCGCACAGCAUUGGCGCUGCUGGAUGUCUACGAGGAGUGGUCGCGUGACUCGAGCACGUGGAAUGACAUUUUGCAGAAACUGUAUGAUUUGGGCCGCAUUCACGGCUUUAAACCACCUGCCAAUGCCCGUGAGCACUGUCCUUUUCACGAGCAGUAUGGCGCUGAGCGCAAAGACGUCAAAGAAGCAGUGUCAGCGUGA